GUGUGUUUUGGACUUAGGAACAAAUAGAGGACAUAAAUCUUUUGUGUAGAGUCGUCAUGUAUUCUACAUAUGUGUUUAACUGUCUUUUCGCCAUGUUUUUUUUUUUAUAUUUUAUUUAUUAAACAGUGCACUCCACAAUGUUUGCGAGGGGCAUUCUGUCCAAAUCCAAACAAGCUUAUCAAAUACUAAGGAUGGGGAACUUCACAUCCUCUGCUCCUGGGUUGUCAAGCCCAGCAUGCACUCAGUUUGUCCAGGAUAUUGUGUCCAAGAAUUGCGUUGUGAUAUUUUCCAAACCCACGUGUCCUUACUGUAAGAUGGCUAAGAAUGUAUUUAAUGAGAUAGGAGCAUCAUAUAAAGUAAUUGAACUGGAUGAGCACAAUGAUGGGCGACGACUCCAGGAGACCUUAGCGCAAUUGACAGGUGCCAGAACAGUGCCAAGAGUCUUUAUCAAUGGGCAGUGCAUUGGAGGGGGUUCAGACACAAAAAAUCUUCACCAGCAAGGGAAACUUCUGCCUCUCAUUGAACAGUGUAGUCCAUGCUGUUUGAGUAAUAGCCCUGAGAGCUCAGGGAAUGCUUAAUUUCAAUCUAAUCAGUGAUAAUGUAUUUGUUUGUACUCUUUGGCCACCCUGAAACAGUGCAAAUCCAUGUAAAGGACUGUAGAAAAUAGCCCACCUGAUCUGCCUAAAGGCUUGUGUAUAGUUUGUUUUUCUGCAUUUUGUAUCAGAUCAUUGCUGUUCAAAGUACUCUUGACCAUGAGCAAAUACAAAGUUCGACACAUGCACACUAUGUCUGCUUUGUGAUGAUAUUUUAGAAUGGUCAGAGGUAGGCGCAUAAGCCGAUGAUGUACACGGAUGAGGACAGUCUGUGCUGUGGACAGAAUUUGUGUCAUACAUACUAUACGUGUUUUGAUCAGCAACGUGGACAACCGAAGUAUGCUUUGGCCUUAAAUCACUGAAAUUAGUUCAUGGUUGUUGUUUUUAUUGUUGUUAUAAUUUCACCAAACUCGUGUUAGCUAAAAUACACAUGACAUAUGCUGUACAUUUUCUUUUUGUAAAAUAUGAGUCCAUAAGAUACUACAUUAUGUGUUUUAGUUCAAUUAUGAUUGAGUUACAUUGCACUACAUCUUUGUUUCUUUAUGUACAGAAACAUUUUAAAGUAUUA